AUGGCUAAGAGUGCAGAGGUCAAACUGGCCAUAUUUGGGAGAGCAGGCGUGGGCAAGUCAGCUAUUGUAGUGAGAUUUCUGACCAAACGCUUCAUCUGGGAAUAUGAUCCAACCCUCGAGUCAACCUACCGACACCAGGCAACCAUCGAUGAUGAAGUUGUUUCUAUGGAGAUCCUAGAUACCGCUGGCCAGGAAGACACCAUCCAGAGAGAAGGGCACAUGCGCUGGGGGGAAGGCUUCGUGCUGGUCUACGACAUCACGGACCGAGGGAGCUUUGAAGAAGUGCUGCCGCUGAAGAAUGUCUUAGAUGAAGUCAAAAAGCCCAAAAACGUAACUCUCAUCUUGGUCGGAAACAAGGCCGACUUGGACCACUCCAGACAAGUGAGUACGGAAGAAGGGGAGAAGCUGGCGACAGAAUUGGCUUGUGCGUUUUACGAAUGUUCCGCCUGCACGGGGGAAGGGAACAUCACCGAGGUAUUCUACGAGCUCUGCCGAGAGGUGCGUCGCAGGAGAAUGGUGCAAGGCAAGACGAGGCGACGCAGCUCCACCACACACGUCAAGCAAGCGAUUAACAAGAUGCUCACCAAAAUCAGUAGUUAGAGGCCCUGCCAAGACGUGCUGAAAAUUGAGAAGUUCUUCCUGGCUCUUCUUUUGCCCUUCCAAACACAAGCAAAAUAUUCUUCCCCUUGUUCUGACUUUGGGAAACAUGAGGGUUUCUUGUCUGUUCCUGGUCUGUUACAUGCCGGGAAGUUCUCCAGUGUCCUCUUGGUCCUGAUGCUGUGACAGUCUCUCCCUUUCCUGCUUGCGUAGGAUCCGUGCUAAUGUAGUCUGAAGAUGUAACCACCAAAGAUGCUGAAGUGGCUGGGUUCGCAGAAGCUAAUUUUAGGCAUCCCUGCCUUGCUUAAAUAAGUUGAAAUCUUUUCAAAGGCAUUUUAAGAUUCUGUUUCUUGUAGGAUACUGCAAAGGUCGCCAUAACAUUUUGUGAUGUCUAGUGAGAACUUGAGAAGGGUAGCUGAGCUGAGCUUGAGAAGGGUAGUAGAGUUCAAUGGGAAUAGAACUCUAGUGCCCAUUCGAAGUAAGGAUUUUUUAAAAUUGCAAUCUUACUUAAAUUGUACAGUUUAUCUUUAACCCUUAAUUUCAUUUUUAGGUUAAAAUGUUAUCACUGAGUUUUGUUUUGUAAUGUAAUGGCCCAUUUCAAUUCAAAAUGGUUCUCUCAAUGAUCUCUAUUGGUCCUUAC